AUGAACCUCUCCACCCUCACCAAGAAGACCAUCACAGUCUCCCGCGGCUUCACGUACACAUAUUAUUUUUCCCCCGCCCGCAAUUCCAAGCCAUCAAUCAUCCUCUUCCACGGCUGGCCCGACUCAGCCCAGCUCUGGUCCGGCCUUAUCAACGACUACCUUCUGCCGCAGGGCUAUGGCAUAGUAGCCCCCGAUUGCCUCGGCUACGGGGAGACUUCCAAGCCCACGGACCCGAAAUCCUACUCAUGGAAGGAGCUCGCAGCAGAUGCCAUCGAAAUCCUCGAUGCCGAGCAAUUAUCCUCCGUGAUCGCCACCGGUCACGACUGGGGUAGUAGUGUAUCCCAGCGCCUGUACAAUUUCCAUCCGUCUCGCGUGUCAGGCGUGAUUACAAUCAAUGUAGCAUACAUGCCACCGAUCGGACACUUCAGCCUAGACGCCAUGAACGAAAUGACCCGCCGACAAUACGGCUACGGGAUCCUGGAAUACUGGUACUUUUUCACCACUGAGGAAGGUGUCCAGUGUAUGAACCAGAAUCUCGAGUCCGUGUAUUGCAUGGCAUACGGCGAUCCGAGUACCUGGCUCGACACGAUGACUGCGCCGGGCGGGGCUCGCAAGUUCGUUAGUGAGGGGCGCACUCAGCCGACGCUACCAUUUGCAACGGCCGAGCACAAGAAGGAUUUUAUGGAUCGAUUUGGUAAGGAGGGGGGAUUUGAGGCUCCGAGUUGUUGGUAUCGGGCGUAUGCGUUUGACGUGCAGGGCGAGGCGGAUAGGCAGGUGUCUGAUGAGAAUAAGGUUAUUAGAGUGCCUGUGUUGUAUUGGGGUGGAGAAGGGGAUAUUGUGGGGAGGCCUGAUCGAUUAAAGCCUCCUAUUGAUGCUGGUCUGUUGCCGGAUGUUAAGAGUAUUACUCGGGAGGGGGGGCAUUGGGCUUUGCUUGAACGGCCGGAUGUAUUUGGUGAGGAUAUUUUGAAUUGGCUGGAGGAGAGAUUUGCCUGA